UACAGGAAAGGGCCGCGCAUGCACGUCACUGGAGUAAACAGAAAAAGACUGGGACGUAUUUAAUUGCCACAGUUAUUUAUUCAACCCCGGUUCUCGUGUGUGUGUCAGCGAAGCGCUUGCGGUUUAAAGCGCAACUUCCUCUCCUCCCCGUCAACGGCUCUCUGUCGUCAGCGCGCACAGGGCUGACGCUGUCACACCGCCGCUGAACUUCCCGUCAAGACGCGGCGCGACACCUCUGGCGCGGUCAAAAAGAGGAACAACAUCGGGUGCUGUCGAGAGGAGAGGACACACUCACGUCCACACGGACCCCGGGUAAAGAAACGGUGGUGGUGCUCGGCUAAUUAGCCUGCGCGGGUCCCCGCAGAGAGAGAGGGAGAGGGAGAGAGACACAGAGACAGAGCAGCGCGGCUAGCUGCAGCACCGAGCCGCUCGCACAGAGUGUGAGUGACUGAGGUGCUUGUUUUUAGCCCCAAUCGGGACAUUUGUCUGACAAACCGAUGCUAGGUUUACUGAUGGGAGCAUUUUUCCGAUAGCCACCCCUUCCCCCACCCCGGUUGGACCCCAGCACGGAUUCACCAAUCGGGCGCUGUCCUCGUCGGGGGUGGGGGGGGGGGGGGGGUUCCGCCGGAUCCCCAUCGCCCGGUCCAGCCUAACUCCAGGCGCCGGUUCGGUCCCCCUGACCCCUGCCGCGGCUUGCGGUCGCUCUGGCCGACCCUAGCCGAGACCGAACAUGGCAGGGAACCUGAAGAAAAGCGGGGGGCUCAUCGGGAGGAUGAUGAAGGAUGCCUUCCAGCCGCACCACCACCACCUCCACUCCCAUCACCAGCCCGGGGUAGUGGACAAAAAGACCGUGGAGAAAUGCUGGAAACUAAUGGACAAGGUGGUGCGCCUCUGCCAAAACCCCAAAUUGGCUCUAAAGAACAGCCCCCCUUACAUCCUGGACUUGCUGCCAGACACCUACCAGCACCUGCGCACCAUCUUGUCUCGCUACGAGGGCAAAAUGGAGAUGCUGGGGGACAACGAGUACUUCCGGGUCUUCAUGGAGAACCUCACCAAGAAGACCAAGCAGACCAUCAGCUUGUUCAAGGAGGGCAAGGAACGCAUGUACGAGGAGAACUCCCAACCCAGGCGGAACCUCACCAAGCUGUCGUUGAUCUUCAGCCACAUGCUGGCUGAGCUGAAGGCCAUCUUCCCCAACGGUCUGUUUCAGGGCGACAACUUCCGCAUCACCAAGGCAGACGCUGCAGAGUUCUGGAGACGCGCCUUCGGGGAUAAGACGAUUGUGCCUUGGAAGGUGUUCCGUCAGUCUCUCCAUGAGUUUCAUCCCAUCAGCUCAGGACUAGAGGCCAUGGCCCUCAAGUCCACCAUAGACCUCACCUGCAACGAUUACAUCUCUGUCUUUGAGUUUGACAUCUUCACGAGGCUAUUCCAGCCUUGGUCGUCCCUGCUGCGCAACUGGAACAGCUUGGCAGUGACUCACCCUGGCUACAUGGCCUUCCUCACCUACGAUGAGGUCAAAGCGCGGCUACAGAAGUUCAUCCACAAGCCUGGCAGUUACAUCUUCCGAUUAAGCUGCACGCGGCUGGGCCAGUGGGCAAUCGGCUACGUCACAGCAGACGGAAACAUACUGCAGACUAUUCCCCACAAUAAGCCCCUCUUCCAGGCCCUCAUAGAUGGCUUCAGGGAAGGAUUCUAUUUAUUUCCUGAUGGCCGAACCCAAAAUCCAGAUCUGACCGGACUGUGUGAGCCUUCGCCUCAAGACCACAUCAAAGUCACACAGGAGCAAUACGAGCUGUACUGUGAGAUGGGCUCCACUUUCCAGCUGUGUAAGAUCUGUGCCGAGAACGACAAAGAUGUGAAGAUUGAGCCCUGUGGUCAUCUCAUGUGCACCUCCUGUCUCACUGCCUGGCAGGAAUCAGAGGGUCAGGGAACGGGGUGCCCUUUCUGUCGCUGUGAGAUUAAGGGUACGGAGCCAAUUGUGGUGGAUCCCUUCGACCCCAAAGACAACAGCGGGGGCUCUUGCCGGGGCAUGUUUGGGGCCGAGGGCGCUCCGUCACCCAGCUAUGACGAUGAUGAUGACGACAGACUUGAAGACCCCCACCUCAUGAUGACCAAACUUGCCUGCUCAAAGGUGGAGCGCCCCCCAUCACCGAUGUCCAUGGCGCCUCAGUCCUCUCUUCCCCCUGUGCCGCCCAGACUGGACCUGUUACCGCACAGACCUCCAAACCCACCUGCGGCCUGCAGCCCCGUGGCCAAUAGUAAGCUUGCAUCUCACCACAAGGACAAGCCUCUUCCCCUCCUCCCGGCGCUGCGGGACCUCCCCCCCCCUCCUCCUCCAGAACGUCCCCACACAGUCGGGGCGGCUCCCGAUGGGCGGGUGCAGAGGCGGCCCUUACCUUGCACUCCCGGGGAGCCCCUUCGAGAUAAGCUCCCCCCUACGCCCCCAAACCGGCCUCCGGCUGAGUGGAACUCUCGUCCCGUUCCCAAGGCGCCCAUCUCUUCCUCGUCGUCGUCGUCCUCUUCUUCCUCUUCCUCCUCCUCUUUCUCAGCAUCCUCAUCCAACCAGGUCUCCGGUCUGGGAGUGGACCUUCGAGCAGGUGUCAGGGAACUCUCCAACCGACACUCCCUCCCCUUGGCGCUGCCUUCCGCUCUGGACCCGCGGUCCGACUCGUCCAAGAACAACAGCUCCCUCAGUCUGGACCACCAGCUGAAUUCCACGGCAGUCGCAGGACACGAUUAUGACAAGGCCAAAGUGAAGCCCUCAUCCUCAGCCAACGCCAUCUACUCAAUCGCCAUCAGAACUUCUUCAACCCAGAGGCUGGUGACUGGAGAGGAGGCCCAUGAAAGUGAUGAGGAGUCGGAGUACAUGAUCCCGUCCUCCCGCCCCGUCCUGCCCCCCAUCACGGCACCACCUGCAGGGGAGACCCCAUCAGUCCCCAGACCUCCUCAGCCUCUAGCGGCGCUCCAGACACAGACCCAAGCUACUGCCCUCAACCUGCGGCUGACACUGGCUGAACGAGAAGAUGGAUCUCAGAUGGUUGACUCCAUGUACAACGUCCAGGCCAGGUCACAGCAAGCCAGAGAUUCAGACUAUUCAGAGUUGCCCCCUUUGGCGAUGAGCAAUGGCACAAGAGAAGCAGACGACGAUGAUGACGACGACGACGAGGAGAAAGAGGAGGAGAACUGCUACGAUUUCCCCAGACCCCGGCUGCCGAUGCCCACGACCCGACGGACCCUUUCAGAACUGGGGGGGUCGUCUUCCUCCUCUUUAUCUUCGUCGUCAAGCUCAUCCUCCACAGCUGCUUUCAGCCACCUUUCUCUAGAUUCGGAUGCUGGAGCUGCAGCACCCUUUUCGGAGCCGCCGGAAGCACCAGAGAGACCUCCGAAGCCGCUGCCCAGACGGAUCAACUCUGAGCGCAGACACAGCCCCGUCCCGCCCGUCCCUGCUCCACCCGCAGCAGCAGGAGGAGAAACCAACCCCCAAAUCAGUUGGGAAAUUGAGCACCUGCUGAGUGAGGGCUACUCAUACCAGGACAUCCAGAAAGCACUGCUGAUUGCACAGAACAACAUUGAAAUGGCUAAAAACAUCCUGCGCGAGUUCGUCUCCAUCCCCACCGCCGCGCACGUCCUCACAUAGCACCCUGCCCCGCGCGCUGCUCUCGUGUUCGCUCUCUCGCGCUUGCUAAGCCCGGCCUGGUUGGGCCGAGGUCGGCACAGCCCCGGCCCCCAAGCCCAUUAAGCCUGCAGCUCUACCUCCGGUGCCGGCUGACGCCCGACGUCCCUGCGGACUUUUCUAACUGGCUGUUACACCUGUGAGCUUGUGGCACUUCUUGCACUCCGUGUGCUUUCAACAGUGUCUGGCCUUCUUUUAACUGCUGCAGCAGGCCUCUUCGUUUCAUGGACAUCUCUACGGGGGGGGGUUCCCGAGCGUGUGCGGAACCAUGACUGGACGCCGAAUGGCACCAGACCUUCGUAGGACUCUGAGGGAACGCUGACAGUUUGUCAUUUCCCUUGUCAGAAAAUGUAAACAACACCUCACAAAAAAACUAAAAGUGUAUGUCUAUAUGAAAAUUUAAUAUAUAAGUAAAUAUAUAUUAAAUGUGUGUAAUAUAUACAGUACGUGCAUAUACAGUAGGUAAACGUAACUUCAGCUUUGAGGGUCGCUGUUGGUACGAGCAACAUCGGUAGCCGGGGACCAUUUUAAAAAGGGGCUUCGGGGGCCGUGAGAGAAAGAAACGGAAGGAAGAGUCGGACGUCUUCCUCUCCGGGAUGAGGCGACAUCCGUUUAUAAGACGCGCUGCGGAGCUUUUUCAGGAUGGAUUCAGUCUGUUAUGGCCUUCGAUAAACGAUGUUGCUUUGGUACUUUUUAUUUUUUUAGAGAAGAUGCUUGUUUUGUUGUGUUGUAUUUUUCAAAGUAGCAUGGCGAUGAUUUCGGGUCCGUUGGACUGUUGUCUUGGCAGUGUGUGUUUUAUAUGUGUGAGUUUUGUGUACGUGAGCAUGCAUGUGUGCGUGUCUGCCAGACACUUCUCCUCAUGACCUCUUAGACAAACCCCCGUGUUCCUGAACAACAUGAAUGUGGAAUUACAGUCGGCAUACUCUGCACACGCGCUACCGCUCUAACUGGAUGGGCGGGGCCUCGUGUUGCUGCACCGCCUGGCAGGGGGGGUUAUUGGAGGACGUAAUAAUGUUGACAACCCCGCAGUGCCAGACGAGCUUGUGUUGUGUGAUCUGUGGUGGCUGAAAUGUUUUCAUUGUGUCUUUUGUCUCACCUCAUUGGCUGGCUGAUUUAAAAGAAUGUUCUGUCUCCAGCCCGGUCCAGUGUUAUGAAACAAACAAAAAAAGGUGACAUUGAUUUAUUUAGGUAAUGUUUUAUUGUAAUGUGAUCAUACAUAUUGUUGUUAUAAUUAAUUCAGAAGUGCUUCACUGCUGCUACUAUUGUUAGUGCUAAACAAUUAAGCCUUAAAUGUACAUUUGUGAAUAUCGUGUUUACCAGUCCUCCGGUCUCUUUAAAGUGACAGUAUCAUCCAUGUCUCUGGUCCGUAAUGUAGCAUACUUGAAAGUACAAACGGCUCGGGAGCCUGCAGCCCUCUCAAGCCCCCUCCCACCACCCCCACACACACACACACACACACACACACAGACCAGAGGUGACUGCAGAGGCUUUUGAAAAAGUCUGCUACUAGAAGAGCCAACUCAGGAAUGAUAUUUAUCUGGAGGAGAGCUCCGCCCGCUGUCUCCUCGUCCAGCUGACAUGUAGCUGUAUCCACUCAAUGAUCCACCCAAUGAAGUCACACAAGUAGCCGAUCGCUUAGAGCUCGCUCGUGUUCAUUUUCUCUGUUUGCGGGACUCAAAACAGCAGCUUAAUUUCCAGGUACAAUGAAUGAAUCCGAUGAAUUAGUGCACGGAGCUUUGAGGUACACAGACUUGAACCUCUCCCAACAUAUGAAGAAGAAUGUUAUUUUUGAGGGAGGGUUUGAAUCAUGUUGAAAGCCAGUCACCACUGGCUUUUUCUGGGGUAGCUCUCUCCGGCCGUCCUCUAGUGUUUCCUCCCUGUACCUAGUUGCCUUGAGAAACAAUUUACCAAAGCGUGCUUUGAUACUGUCACUCUAAAGAAAAGGUAUAUUGUACAAAGUUAGUAAUAAGAACAGAGAAACGUGGUUAUUUCAGUUUGCAUUCCUGUACAAGUAUUUUGUUCCAAAGGUUUUGUUUACUCAUGUGAAUAAUUCUGUGAGCAGUGCCAUAUGUUGAGAGAUCCUCACCGUGUUUAAAGGAAAGGCCAUGAUGUUGAGGAGAAGUUGUUUUUGUUCUGUAUCCGUGAUCUCGGCAGUGUUGCUUGUAUUAAUCUGUCCUCCUCCGCCUUGUCAGUCACAUCAAGCCUCAUUUUGCAGCACAAGCGCUGAUCUGGGAUAAGUUCCCGUCACUUUGUUUUUCUUACCUGAACGACGAACCAGGUCCCAGACCAGCACGCAGCCUCAGCUAAGCUAAAUGGUGCCAGCCGGUUGCCCUCCGACCUGGUGUGAGGGUUCUUCCCCUCUCUGCCAGAAGAGGGAGCUGUGGAUCCACGUGGUGUGUCAUCAGUACAAGUCAUUCAAUAACUUUUGAUGGUUUUUAAAACUCAUAUCACUUUGGAAGUAUGCACAGUGCUGUUAAUAAAAUAUGUAAAAUCUACAAACAUGCAUUUCCUCUCUACAUGGAUAUUGUUGUAGUAGUGGUGCUAGACUUACUGAACAGUGAAUGUAUUUAUUGAUCAGAGUCUUAACAGAUUUAAUGUGCAGAUAUUGAACAAGAGGUGUUUUGAAACAGAAAACAAAUUCUGACCUCCAAAUUAAACUGCCAUCAAAAUUGCUAACUGUAUUAGAUUACAUUAAAUGUGAGCUCUGAA